ACUUAGACCUAAUUGCCUAUACUAGCACUCUAAAAAUAGGAGUAUCAUACACUAAUCCAAAGUUUGAGCGGGCAUUCUGUCUCUUUAAUAGUUAUAUAGAAACAAAUGCUGGAAAUAAUCAGAUGUUAUUCCACAUGCAGUGUAUUAAGGAUUAUAUAUGUCAUAUUGAGCAGAGAUCUUCUAAUAAUAGAGGAAUAUUUCCAGAUAUUGAUUCUGUUAUCCAGAAUAAGGAUGUACUAACCAUUCGAUUAUGGGUAGCAUUUAUCUUAGAGAAAUUCCAACCCAUUCCUAAGUCUGAAGAAAACGUUGUAUCAUUAUCUCAA